AGCUCUCGUGUCCUGCGUGUGGUUUGUUCCAGGUCAGAGGCUUCUUGAAAGCCUGCAGUGCAAUGUGGAAUUUGGCUUCAAGUCCCACUGUGGUCAGAGGAUGGUGAAGGAGAGGGGCAGUGCCUACAGAAAGGUGAAGGCGGCGUUGGACUGCGUGGUCCAGCUCCAGCAGUCUUUCCAGGAGGACUGGGAGCGGGAAUUGGAAAUCCUCAGGGGCACUCAGCAGCUGGAAACUUUCUACAAGGAGGUGGAAACAAUGAUCCACUGGACCAGCGUCGAGAGGGACAGGCUCUUGCAGUCUGGCACCAAAUCUGACUUGGAUAAAGCAAAUGCAAUGGCCAUGGACAUCUUUGCAAGGUACUCGCGCCUGCGGCAGUUCUCGGCCAGCCUGUGCAAGGAGCUCCCCCGGGAGGCCGACAGCAUUUGCUCCGCCAUGAGUCGGCUGGACCUGGCCUGCGAAGACUUUGCGUCCCACUUCAACAGUCCCCGGGAGUGUCUGUCUCCCGUCCUUGACCAGGAACUGCAGCAGGUGAUGUCCUUUUUCUGA